AUGGACCUCUCCGGGACGUUGCUAGACCAGGGGUACGUGGUCCAGCUAUGGCUACUAAGCCACUGUCUUUUUGUCUACAUGGGUACAGCAGCCGACAAGCCCCGUCUCGCGUCCUUGUCGACGGCAAUCACGACUCGCUAUAGUCCCAUGCCGCUCAUCACGUCCGUUCUGGGGGCGUCUGACACGGACGAGCAGCAGAUUGCCCAGCGAUUGGCGCGUCGUACGGGACGGCAGUGCUUUGUGUCGUGUCAAUUGCCCAGUGACGUGCCCGAGCUCUUUGUUAUCGUGGAAAAACACGUUAUCAAGCGCUUAACGGAAGAAGGAGUAGUGCGAAGCAAUAAGUGA